GUUGGUGGGGGGACGGGGUGGGAAUUUCUGUUGCACAUAAUGUUUAAGUAGGAGGAGUUUUCUGAGCUAAAAGGGACCAGCUGAACUGUUAGAGUCAGAGCAGCAACUGCAGGAUCAGGAUUUUUCAACUUUUUAGGUUGUUCGGUCCCAGAAAAUGCGAGUUCACUCAGACUCAGAAGGCCUCAGGCUAAAUAAUAACCUGAAACAAGGAGGCAUAUCUGUGGGCAGAUGGUUUAGGGGAAAACUCAAGAAGAUGAAAAGACCCUCCAACCCUCAGGAUGGCAGUUCUUCCUUAACAGAUGGACCCCAGUCAGCUGUGGAUGAAGAUUCUCCUGUUGCCAAUCAAACCUUUGAGCAACUUCUUGAGGAACAGUGCUUAUAUAAAGCCAGCCUUUUGCUGAUAGACAGAGAGAAGGAAUUGUUUGGCAAGAUAACAGAGGAAGAAGUGCUUCAACAUCAUGCAGAAGAGAUAGAAAAGCUUUCUACAGAACGCAGAGCCCUGGAAAAACAAAUACAACACACCUUACAGCAGAGUCUGUCUCUGAGACUCGAAGAGGUGGCAGACGAGGCUGCAGUCUCGGCUCUGACGAUGGCCUUAACUUCUGCUGUGAAGGCCAUCUACAAGGAAGAGGAGCAAGAUCUGCUGAGGAAACCGGUGAGGAGUCGAACACCAAGCAAUUGGAAGAAGCUCCAUGACUCAAUUCUUUUUAGUUUGGUUGAGGCCCGAAUGGACAACCCCUCAGUAGCCCCUGCAGGCCUUGCCGAACAGUCGUCUAUCCAGUUGGACAUCCAGUGCAUGGGAAGGCAGUUAAAGGAGGACCUGAUCUUGGUGGUCAAUGUGCUGAAGAUCUGCUACCCAGAAGAAGCAAACAUCUGCCAGUUUUACGCAAAACUGUAUCAUCAAAACCUGAGCGCCAAACUCAAGAAGAUUGUGGACUUUGUUCUGGAUGACAAAGACUGUGUUUUCAUCCUGCGAUGGGUCAACGAGUAUUAUCCAGGAAUCCUUAAAAAGCCUGAACUUGCCAGUGAAAUUGAUUCAGCAGCACUGGGAAAACUAUUGCCUACAGAUUUACUGGAUUGCCUGGAGAAGCAGUACCUAGAAACACAACAGAAUGAGCUGUCAACUUACAUGAAUCGAGCUCUGGAGGAAGAGAUAAAAACAUGGACCAGAAGGGAGCAGCCGCCAAGAGAGGACGGCUGCUACACCAGUCCUCUGGCCUACGACAUCAUUCAGCUCAUCAGUGGCAUGGUAACAGCAGCAGAAAAAGUCACAGGAAGCCAGCAGAAAGCCCAAAGCAUAACAUGUGAACUCACAGAUCUGUUGCAGAGGUUUAAGGCUUUUCAAGAAGAAAUCAUCAAACAGAACAAAUUUAACAGCAAUGCAUACAUCAAAGCUCAUUUGGGCUGCAUCGAACAGUUCAGGGACAUUUUCCAGAGGAAAGGACAUUUGUUCCCAAAUGAUGUGCAGGAAGACUGUUUGGCUGUUCUGACCAACAUGAAACAAUCAGCCUAUACCUUUUUAUUAAGCUCCGUGCAUGCGAACCUCAAGCCACAAUACCAGAAGCUGGGAACCAGUGACUGGCUAGGGAAUGAGACUCUGUUUGAGAAGCUACUGAGCAGCAUGGAAAAUGAGCUCCAAGACCUUGAAGGUUUGCCUCAGUCUUGUCACCAGGGGGUGAUUAGCGAGUUUCACCAGCAAGUGACACAAGAAUACGUGAAGAGGCUCCUGAGAAGAGAAAUCAAACUAAGGGACAGAGAGCAUCAACAGAAGGCCUUUAUCACUGUGACGGAUAAUGCAGAAACUCUGCACAAGCUUUUCAAAAAAAUGGGGUCCCAGGAGGACUGGUUAAAGGAAAUCCUGACAAACAUCGCUGAAAUGCUAAAACUCCAACAUAUUCCUGCCCUGCAAAUGCAAAUAGUUUCACUGGGACACGCUUAUCCUGACCUGAGUGAAAGACAUGUUUCAGCAUUGCUCAAGCUCAAGACAAACCUCUCCAAAGAAGACAGACACAAGAUCAAGGCAACUCUUUCAGACACUCGCAAAGAAGCCUACGAAGGUGUCAAGUUUCAGCCUUUUUUCUCCAAAGUAGUACUUAAAUAAGCUGCACAGCAUCCAUUAGUUAAGUAUUAAAUGUUGGUUGAAAAUGCAAAGAAGUAAAUCACUUUGUUGGCAAUAUGUACAUUGAACCAAAACAUUGUCAGUUUGUUACAGCUGCCAUUGCAUCAGUUGUUUCCUUUCUGAGGGAUGUCAUGAAGGGUUUUUCAUUAGAGUAUAAAAUGCAAGCAUCUGUAAAUAAUAGGGAAAAAUCAAUGUGUAUGUUUGUUUUUUGUAAAUAAAUAAACAGGUAUAUAUCAAACUAGA